AUGCGACUCUUCCCAACAAAGGCAAAGCUGUACACACAUCUCGUCGCCCGUCGAGCAUUGUCUUCCGUGGGGAAGGGCAGCAGGUUCGACAUCACCCAUCGCUCUCACGUCGUGCGAGAUAGCUCUGCUCAGAAGGACAUCAACGCAAGAGCAUGGAAGCUAAGCGGCGCUUUCACACGCCUCGACCGGAGCUUCGAGGUUUUCGAGGUGAGCAAGGCCGGCGGGCUGAAGCGCACGAGCAUCACCUUGGCGGACGUGCUUCGCAACUUCGGCGUCCACGCCCGCGACGUGCUGUCUCUCGGGCUGCAGGACGAGAGAUUUAACCCGCCGCCGGCGGUGCUACCUCGCGAGGGGGUAGUGGUGGUAGCGCUGGGCCCCUUCAAGGCGCUGGUGCACACGGAGGCGUGCGUGCUGUUCGAGGCAGAGAAGAUAGACGUGUCGUACAUCGCGCCCAUCCUCGCGGACCUGGUCCAGGCGAACAACGAGGCGAGAGCAGCAGAGGUUCCGCCGUCGGAAGACGUGCGGAAUCCCGCGACGUCGGCACCACCACAGCCACCAUCGUCGGCAGCAGCAGUAGCCGGCGACGAGGAAAACGGAGACGGAAGCAAAGCGGCUCUUGGUGGCGACGGCCCGAACGUGAGGGGCGGAGAAGACGGCGCUGCUGCUGCCACGGCUGUCGGCAGCAGGAGACCACCAGCAGCAGGAGCAGCAGCAGAGGCGGCGGCCGGGGGCGGGGGACACGAUUCAAGCUCGCCUGAGACGAGGUUGGGGCUCCAGCCGUCGGCAGGAGCUCCUCAGACGUCGACGGCCACAGCGAGAACAAGAGCAGAGGGGGACGAGUCCGCUGCCGACAAGCUCGCGGCCAAGUUCGGGGACUACGUCCAGGAGGCUUAUCGGUUCGGAGCGGGGGUCGCGUCGAGCGAAGAGCUGUGGGGAAAGAAACGGGACAAAGACGCCGCCGCGCUGCAGGAUGAAGGGGAGGAGGAGGCGGAGGAGGAGCACCACCAGAUGAAGGUCAUGUUUAGGGAGCAGCUGCCGAUGCCGUUCGAGCUGGCGAUGCUCGAGGUUAUGCUGCAGGAGGUGUGCACUAGCUACCACCGACGAGCGCACAUCGUGAGGAGGCUUAUGGAGCAGGGGCUCAAGCCAAGCGAGACGACGUCGUUCUUCGCGCCGAGUAGAAUAGAGCACUACCGGCUCGUGCCGCUUAAGCUGGCGCUCAAGCAGCUGGAGCUGAAGCUCUCCCAGACGAGGGCUUGUCUGGAGGAGCUGAUGCAGAGCGACGAAGACAUGCUAGGCCUGCUGCUGACAGAGGCCAAGGAGCUGCGAAAUGGGCAGAUGUUGGACGCACAUCGCCACUCGGUUGUGGAGCUGCUCCUGGAGAACUACCACAGGCAGCUGGUGCUGGUGGGGCACGACGUGGCCGCGAUGAAGCAGGAGAUGGAGUCGCUCCAGGAGCUGUCCGCCAUCAGCCUCGACGUGAGCCUCAACAGCAUGAUCGCGGUGGACGUCCGCCUGGCCAUGCUCAACCUAGGGGUGGCCACGUCAGCCUGCAUCUUCGGCGCCAUGGGGAUGAACACGAUCAACGGGCUGGAGUCGUCUCACGUGGGCUUUUAUUGCCUUCUCGUCGGCAGCGCGGCCGCCUCGGCAAUGGCUCUGGGAGGUGUCAUGAGGCACCUGCGGUCGGUGGUGCGCGCUGGAGACUCCCAGCAGGGCAAACUCAUGGCCCUGAACACCAUUUGCGACCACGUGGACGACAUCGAGACCGUGCUGAGGACAGAGCUGGAGUUCGGCCAGAAGAUCGCGGCAGGCGCCAUCAAGAGAGAUGCGAUGGCCAGAAAGCUAGCACGAACGAGGGGGAAAGAGGUCUCCGAGGAAGAGCUGGACCUCAUCUUCGCGGUGUUCGACACCUCCGGCGACGGCUCCAUCGACACCAAGGAAUAUGGGGAGCUCGUGUCCGACCCCGCCGGCUCCCUCGGCACUAGCAGCGGAGCAGCGGCCGGCACCAUUCUCCCUUCCCGUGACGGUAGAAACUAGGGUACCAUAGGUGACAUGACACGAGAUCCCACACCCCCCGGAGCGGUUUUCAAAGCUCGAUUACUCCACAUACAGAGAGAGAGAGGCGGUGCCGGAAAUGGUGGAGUUGGAACUGUCGUCGAGAUCUUUCCAGAAACGAAUCGAUUGAGAUUUUCACCCCUUCUUCGUGGAAGCAGUAGUCGAGCUUUGAAAAUCGAUUGGAGGGAGUGGUAUCUUGUGUUACCCAAGGUACUUAUGUAGCUUUUAGCUUGUUGUGGGUGAUGCGGAAGUCGAUAUAGCUUAGCGUGAGUUGUACGGAAAUGUACACAGAUAGUGAGGUAAGGUGGUAAAAGAGUGUGGGGGGGGGAAAUGUGGGUUCCUCGGCGGUUUCGUGAACUGCAGGGAGUAAGUAAGUAGCAGCAUAUGCUCGCUCAAGUAGCGGAAAAAUAUAUAUACCAUGAGACUAUACAAAAGCCCUUCUGUCAGAACGGGCCCGCAACCAAGCAGCGCCGAACGUUGGGGUCGAGGAAAGAAUCCUCACGAAUAGAUGUCGCCCCCAUCCAACACAGGUUUAUUACGUCGAGUUCAGUGUUGGACCCCCCGCUGGUGAUGUGUUGUCGAUUGUUCUGGUUUCGCGACGUUUAGCCUCUAGUCUACAGCAACAUUGCAAUAGUGGGGGCCCCAUGUUUUGUGCCGGUUGAAUAGUGCCAAUGUUCGAUACGAUACAAUACAGUACCGGUGUUAUCCGCGGGCAAACACUGAAUUUCCCAGUCAUUGUCAAUACUUUGAACAGUGCCGAUCCGGUGUGGUGACGGUGGAUUUCGUGAGAACGAACAGGCACAGCAGUGGGGUAGGCAGGUUUCUGAAGUUGGGGAGGGUCUGUUCUGCGAUUGCCCGGCGAGACAUACGCCGGAGAGGUACCGCACGAAGAAAGCAAAAAAGUCACAAGAUCCGAUGUGACAGAUGACGAAGCCUACCCUUGUCACAAGGGAAUCU